GCAAACACUGUGCAAAAGAUCGAUCGCGAGUUCGGCAGAAGUUAACAUCACCCGUUUUCGUCUUCAUUUGUAGUCCGACUCCGUCUUACCCUCCCACGUACCCGGAACCCGCUAUAGGAAGACACACGCCUUAUAUGUCCCAGCCCGAGUACAGAAUCUACGAGCUCAACAAACGCCUUCAAAAUUGGACAGAGGAGUGCGACAACCUUUGGUGGGAUGCUUUUGCCACUGAGUUCUUCGAGGACGACGCAGUCCUGACUGUGACCUGCUGCCUGGAAGAUGGACCAAAGCGAUACACGAUCGGACGGACCCUAAUCCCUCGCUAUUUCCGUAGCGUCUUCGACGGCGGAGCGACAGAUCUCUAUUUCAACCUCAAACACUCGAAGGAGACGUUCCACAGCAACUUGGUGAUAGUGGACUGUGACAAGUGUAGCAUGGUCACGCUGCACAGCAAGCCCAUCUUCACAAAGGUGUGCACAGAGGGCCGCCUGUACCUGGAAUUCACCUUCGAUGACUUAAUGCGGAUCAAAAGCUGGCAUUUCAACAUCAAGCAGAGCCGCGAGCUGCUCUCUCGCGGCAUCCUGGCGACGCAUGCCCAGGACCCUCCGAUGUUGGAGCAGUUAUCCAACAGUAUCACCCGCUCUGGCCUCUCCAACUUCACCCUGAACUACCUCAGACUCUGCGUCAUCCUGGAGCCAAUGCAGGAGCUGAUGUCGAGGCACAAGAUGUACAAUCUGAGCCCCCGGGACUGCUUGAAGACCUGCCUGUUUCAGAAGUGGCAGCGGAUGGUGGCACCUCCUGCCGAGCCGGUCAGGCCGCCCACAGCCAAACGGCGGAAGAGGAAGCAGUCUGGUGGCACCGCGUCCGCCGCAACGCCCACCGGAGGCGGCAAGAAGAAGAGCAGCCCAGCCGCUGGCUUCAGCCUGUCUGGUCAGGACGUUAUGGUUGUGGGUGAGCCAGCACUAAUGGGUGGGGAGCUCGGUGACCAAGAUGAGCGGCUAAUCACGCGGUUAGAGAACGGCCAGUAUGACGCAGCCCACGCUCUCGACGACGACGACGACUUCCGUGACUUGCCCGCUGCGGUGACUGGCAGCCCCUGGAGCAGUAAAGCGCCGUCGAGCCAGGAGAGCAAGUCCGAUUGAGCCCCGCGACUCGGUGGCCCCCGAGGAGGCUCUCAGUUUCAGCGUUGCAGGCACUGCGCCACCGCCUGGAGGUCUGAGCCCAUCCUCCAGGCACUGGCAUAUUCUCCCAACCCCACCUCACCAACCCCCAGAAACUGUGAGCAGAAUGCCCGUGUGCUUUGUGACCGGUGACCCAGGGCGCCAGGCGUUGCUAGAUGCAGCUGCAGCCUGUCAAGGGGGAGGGAAUGAUCCUGCGCUGUCAGUCGCAGUGUGUCUGUGCUGUGCUGUGCAGGAGGGUCUCCUGACUUCACAUUGCUGUCCACAGCCUCUUGAAUGUGGUAAAUGUCUGUGUGAGUCUGCACGUGCAUGUCAUGUGUGUGCAAGUGCGCGUGU